AUGGUCAACCGAGGCGCUUCCCAAGGCUGCAUCACCUGCAGACAGCGGCAUGUUAAGUGUGACGAAAGCAAGCCGCAGUGCAAGACAUGUCUUCGCCUCGGACGCGAAUGCGCAGGCUACGGAAAAAAGGGUCUUCUGGUGAGAUUCAAGGAUGAGACAACGAUGACGACGAAGGCGACGACGAAGGCGACGACGACACCAACUCAACUGGCCCCAUCAGCAUCUCACAACUACACGGCAAUGUUGUCGUCUCCGUCAAUUAUCCAACAGGAUCUCGCUCUCUCCUUCUUUCUCACCUAUGUUACUGGCAUUGGCCGUAACUUGGAGUCGACUCGCGGAUUCAUAGAGUUCGUUCGCCCAGCCCUCGCUUCUGAACAUCACAAUUCAGCUUUAUUCGCCGCCGUCAACGCCGUAGCAACCCUGUUGUGGGUGCUACUGGGACAUUCCAGCCCUUCUAUUUCACGACCAACACACUUACUCAACAAGGCUUUGCUGCGACUUCAGAAGGCAAUCGGGGACCCGGAGGAUCGAGGACGCGACGCCACGGUGCUCGCGGCCUUGGUGCUUCAGGCGUAUGAAACGAUAUCGGCCGUACUUGGUCAACACCGAGCUGACGGCACACACCGCGACGGCGCAUUGGCCCUGCUAUUACAUCGAGGCCCCGAUGCAGGAGGUUCAAAGUACCAUGGUAGCCUUUUAGGCAACAUUUUGCACGCCAAAGUCUCCUUGUGCGUCAGAGAGAAAAGACCGUUUCCUGUGCACUGGGUUGAAUGGGUUCAGACUAAAGUCAUUCCUCAAGUACCCGUCAAUCCAAGCUAUCUGCUCGAUGUUAUUGGCAUUUCAGUUGCCAACCUUCAACAUCAAUUCCUUCGGCCAUUGCCGCUCCAAGAAAAUGUGUCAUAUUUUGAACUGGAGGAGUGGUCCCAAUGCGUUCGGACUUUGGAUACCCGGCUCUGGAUGUGGCAACAAGAUGUACCACAUCAUUGGCACCCAAGACGAAUACCGAGCGAAAAAUACAUCAAGUCACCCAAUAUCGUGUAUCAGGGUGCUUGUGAUGUGUACCCAACUGUCCAGAUUGCGAACAUAUGGAGCGUGUGGCGCAUCUAUCGCCUUCUUCUCAUACAAAUCAAGCUCCAACUUGCAGCCAGCUUUCGCAAACUUGCUUGUGACCAAAAGCAUGCUAUACAGGAAGACAGAAAUAUGGACGACAUUAUGGACACCACUAGGCACAUCCGUGAGAAUCAAGAACUGCUUGAUUCUCUCUGCCACAGCGUCCCGUUUUACCUCGGUAACCGGAGAGUCCCUGCAGUUUUUUCCGACAUGGAAAACUCAGAACUUAUAUUCCCUAGCUAUCACAACCUACAGUCCACCGAUGACGCUUUUCUGAGUUACCUGGAAAGCGAUUGCUACGUUUCCAGCGCUGAUCAUCGUCGUCAUGUCGUUCUCCACGGCGCCUUACAUAUCAUGAGCAUAUUGGCCUACCACAUAGGAUUGUUUGCCGAAGCGCGAAGUUUGCGGCUAACCGAAACUUUCGGCCAUGAGCAAAAGAAUUGGAUUUCAGAGCAGUUUCUCCGAUCGGCCUACUUAUUACGACUGAUUCCCGAAGGGCCUUCGCUUGAUACUGCCCACUAUGAUCGCGCAGUUGAGACUCAAUUUGGUGACAUGGAGGUUUCAAAGGUUGAAGCUAUGGCCAGUACUAUUCGGCGAAGGUUGUGGACCAUAAGUAUACUUUAGCAUGUGUAGGAGCUCAUUGACUGGAAAUGACUCCUGGUAGUCUGGUCUCGUCAACGGGACAGUGGGUCAACUUUCCUGGGAUCGGGGUGCUUUUAAUACUGUAGGUUACAACAGCGUACCUUGUCUAUACGGUCUCGCAGACUCAUUCGAUGUCUGGCUGACGAUGAAGAGCGCUGGGUCCUCGCCGUUAUUGAGGACGAGUAAUUAUUGUGACUCCGACUUCCUCUUGAGCCGCGUUGUAACCUUAACCAAGUAUUAACUUUGGCAAACGCUGAGUAGAGCUGCUGGUACAUAGUUGUGAAUACGAAAUGGCCUUGAUGGAAGUUAUGAGUAGGUAUUUGAAUAUGUUGGAC